CGUGUAUUUAUGUACGAAAAUGUGCGAUUUCUCUGGAACACACUGCAGCGUUUCUCUAAUUAUAUUUGUUUUCUGUAUUUAUUGAUGUUCAUCUUAUAACAUAUGUACUGCAUGUACAUAUAAUCAUAAAAGCAAGGUAGAACGCAGAGAAAAAUAAAUGACAAUGGCUGAUAAAAAGAAGGUGAAGGCUUACGUGAAGAAAAAACGUACACCUCAGAGUAAGAUAAUUGAGGAGUUACAAUCUAAAUAUAAUACUAUAGACGUUGCAAAGGCAAUAAAGUUCAGCAAUCUUCCUUUAUCAAAGAGUACUCUGAAAGGUUUAACGGAAAAUAAUUAUGUUGAGAUGACGGACAUCCAGAGACAAAGCAUUGGUUUGGCCUUGCAGGGCAACGAUAUUUUGGGAGCUGCAAAGACUGGUAGCGGCAAGACACUGGCUUUUCUUAUUCCAGUUUUAGAAAUUUUAUACUGCAAACAAUGGACAAGAUUAGAUGGUUUGGGAGCAUUGGUUAUUACACCAACAAGAGAAUUGGCAUAUCAAAUAUAUGAGACAUUGCGAAAGGUGGGUCAGUACCACGAUAUAUCAGCUGGUUUGGUUAUAGGAGGAAAAGAUUUAAAGUUUGAGAAAAAACGCAUGGAUCAGUGUAACAUAAUUAUAUGUACCCCGGGACGUUUACUUCAACAUAUGGACGAGAACCCAUUAUUUGAUUGUAUAAAUAUGCAGAUAUUAGUAUUAGAUGAAGCAGAUCGUUGUUUAGACAUGGGUUUUGAGAGGACUAUGAAUUCCAUUAUUGAAAAUUUACCAUCUAAAAGGCAGACCUUGCUCUUUUCAGCAACUCAAACAAAAUCCGUAAAAGAUCUAGCCAGAUUAAGCCUUAAGGAUCCAUUGUAUGUGUCUGUGCAUGAGCAUUCUGCGCAUACUACACCAGAAAGUCUUCAACAGAGUUAUAUUACAUGUUCCUUAGAAGAUAAAAUAGCAAUGCUGUGGUCCUUCAUACGAAAUCAUCUGAAGCAAAAGAUCAUUGUAUUCUUUUCAAGUUGCAAACAAGUGAAAUACAUGUAUGAAGCUUUUUGCCGAUUGCGUCCCGGCGUCAGUUUAUUAGCUCUUUACGGCACGCUUCAUCAAUUAAGAAGGAUGAGCAUUUAUGAAUCAUUUUGCAAAAAGCAACACGCUGUCUUAUUUGCUACUGAUAUUGCAGCCCGUGGAUUAGAUUUUCCUGCUAUAAACUGGGUGGUUCAAAUGGAUUGUCCGGAAGAUGUCAAUGCCUACAUACACAGAGCAGGCAGAACUGCCAGAUUCAAAAGUAACGGUGAAUCUCUCUUGGUUUUGUUACCGUCUGAAGAAACGAUGGUGGAGAGACUUAAACAGCGUAAAAUCCCGAUAAAUAUGAUAAAGAUUAAUCCAAGUAAACUGCAAUCGCCGCAUCGUAAACUCGAAGCUUUACUAGCGCGAGACGUAACUUUAAAAGAAACAGCUCAGAGAGCCUUUGUAGCCUAUGUUAAAUCAGUUUUUCUAAUGAAGGAUAAAGAAAUCUUCAACGUGCAUGCUUUAAACACAGAUGCCUAUGCAAAGUCGUUAGGUUUGGCUUUUUCUCCGAGAAUCCGAUUUUUACAAAAAAUGCAGAAGCAAAUGGCAAUUAAUAAUAAUGUUAAAACUGAAAGAGAGACAGAUAAAGUUUCAAUUGAUUCAUCAAAUGAUAGUGAACAGGAAGAUAAUGGAAAUAACUCUGACAAAAAUGAUAUUCUCGACAUUCCUGAUAUUAAGAAUAGUGAAACAAAGAAUACAAUUAAAAAUACUGCUGUUCUUCAAUUUGACGAUAGUGACGAUGAUGAUAUAUUAACUAUAAAGAGAAAAAAUAUAGAUGUCGAUGAUAUACCAAUCAUGGAGAAUGAUGACAAGAGGAACAAAAAGAAACCCCUUACGAAAGUUGCACUAGCCAAGAAGAUUCUUAAAAAGAAGAUUAUACCUAACAAAAAGAUCAUGUUUAAUGAUGAAGGACAAGAAUUAAUCGAUUCUGCUAAAGUGAAAAUGUCGGAAUUAGCUCGGGAAUACGAGAACGAAGUUGAUUCUGGCAUUAAUAUCGAAAUAGCCAAACAAGUCUUACGUGAGGAGGAUCAAUUCGAUAAACAAAGAUUCAGGGCGAAGAUUAGAGAAAAACAUAAAGAAGAGAAGAGAAAACUGAAGGCCGCCAAAAAAGCGGAGGCAAGUGAAGAGGAGGAAGAUGCGGACGAUGAAGAAAUGGAAAACGCGAACAAUGACGAUAUCAGCGAUGGUGAAUCUAGCGAUGGUCCAGAUCUCUCAUGGUUACCUGAUCCGGAUAAAAUAUAUGGCAAACAACGAAAUACAGAUGACGAAGCGUCGUCCGCUAGUGAGUUCGAAGAAAAGUCUGAAGAAGAAAGUACAGUUCACAGAUCAUCCAAGAGAAAAUUGGUAACACAAGAGAACAAGAUAAGAAAGAAGCAGAAAGUAUCGGAUGUUGACAAUUUACAGGCCGAUGAGGAAUUAGCUCUGCAAUUGUUACAGAAUUGAAUUCAAGUGUAUGAAAUUUAUAAAUGUAAAUUUUUUUGAAUUUUAUUUAAGAACAUAGCGUAAUUUUGCGCAAUAUGUACAUUUUACAAUGUAACACGGUUCAUUUCAAUAAUAAAAUGUGAUUUUACAAUGUU